AAUCAUGUUUUGUUCCCUUUCAGUAAUUUGCUGGCUAACUCCUUUAAUUGUAACUGCCAUUUGGCCUGGCUGGGGAAAUGGCUGAGGAAGAAGAGAAUUGUCAGUGGAAAUCCACGUUGCUUGAAACCGUUUUUCUUAAAGGAUAUUCCAAUCCAAGAUGUAGAUGUCCAGGAUUUCACCUGUGAUGGUAAUGAUGAGAGCAGCUGCUUGCUUUCCCCUCCUUGUCCUUCCCAGUGUACCUGUGUGGACUCCGUGGUUCGCUGCAGCAACAAAGGGCUGCGGAUGCUGCCCAAGGGGAUUCCCAAGGAUGUGACUGAGCUAUACUUGGAAGGAAACCAUCUGCCUGCUGUGCCGAAGGGGCUCUCUGCCUUCAAACACCUGACACUGAUUGAUUUGAGUAACAACAGCAUCAGUGUAUUGGCCAAUCACACCUUCAGCAACAUGACUCAGUUAUCAACGCUCAUCCUGAGUUACAACCGGCUCCGGUGCAUCCCCGUCCACGCCUUCAACGGGCUGCGGUCCCUGCGAGUGCUGACACUCCAUGGAAAUGAUAUUUCCAGUGUUCCUGAGGGUUCUUUCAAUGACCUGGUGUCCCUGUCCCAUCUGGCCCUGGGCACCAACCCCCUGCACUGUGACUGCCACCUGCGCUGGCUCUCCGAGUGGGUCAAGGCGGGCUACAAGGAGCCCGGGAUCGCCCGCUGCCGUGGCCCCGAAGCCAUGGUGGACAGGCUGCUGCUCACCACGCCCACCCACCACUUCCAGUGCAAAGAGCCAGUGGAUCUCAGUGUUGUGUCCAAGUGUAACCCCUGCCUCUCCAGCCCCUGCAAGAACAAUGGGACGUGCAGCAGUGACCCCGUGGAGCUUUACCAGUGCACCUGCCCUUUUGGUUUCAAGGGUCGAGACUGCAGUGUGCCCAUUAAUUCCUGCAUUCAAAACCCAUGUGAGAAUGGAGGGACCUGCCACCUCACGGAGGCAAAUAAAGACGGAUUCAGCUGCUCUUGUCUUCUUGGGUAUGAGGGGGAGAGGUGUGAAAUAAAUCCAGAUGACUGUGAAGAUAAUGACUGUGAGAAUAACUCUACAUGUGUGGAUGGGAUCAACAACUAUGUGUGUCUCUGCCCACCUAAUUACACAGGUGAACUGUGUGAUGAGGUGAUUAACCACUGUGUUCCUGAUCUAAAUCCCUGCCAACAUGAGUCCAAAUGUGUUCCCCUGGACAAAGGAGCCAGAUGCGAGUGCUUGCCGGGUUACAGCGGCAAACACUGUGAAGUGGAUGAUGACGACUGCGUGGGCCACAAGUGCCGGCACGGAGCCGCCUGCGUGGACGCGGUCAAUGGCUACACCUGCGUGUGCCCACAGGGCUUCAGUGGCCUGUUCUGCGAGACGCCUCCGCCCAUGGUGCUGCUGCAGACCAGCCCGUGUGACAACUACGAGUGCCAGCACGGCGCCCAGUGCAUCGUGGCGCAGCACGAGCCCGUGUGCCGCUGCCUGGCCGGCUUCGCGGGACAGCGCUGCGAGAAGCUCAUCACCGUCAACUUCGUGGGCAAGGACUCCUACGUGGAGCUGCCCUCCAAAAUCCGCCCUCAGGCCAACAUCUCCCUGCAGGUAGCCACAGACAAGGACAAUGGCAUCUUACUGUACAAAGGAGACAAUGAUCCUUUGGCUCUGGAGUUGUACCAAGGACACGUGAGGCUCAUCUAUGACACCCUGAACUCCCCACCCACCACAGUAUACAGUGUGGAAACAGUAAAUGAUGGGCAGUUCCAUAGUGUGGAACUCGUGAUGCUGAAUCAAACUCUGAACCUGGUGGUGGACAAGGGGGCUCCCAAGAGUCUGGGAAAGCUCCAGAAACAGUCUUCUGUCAGCCUCAACACACCCCUCUACAUUGGAGGUACUGUGAAUUGCUCUAGAAUUGAAGGUUUAACAUGUUUUCUCAGAAACAAAUCAUCUUCCAUCGUAUGGAGAGGGCUCUCACACAGCCACUGCAGGAAAAGCCCUCUUGGCAUUUCAGAAGCUUCCAGAACUG